GUCUAGGUAGCGGCCAGGCCCCCUCCACCACAACCACCACCACAACAACAACCACCACCACCACCGAGAACAGCUGCAGGACCCACGGCUGUCAAAAAGGUUCCCCACUCACACCAACAAUCUCGAGAGGCUCAGGACAGCCUCUCGUGGUGCGCGUCUCGCCCUCUGAGUGACAUGACGAAUGAGGACGUUUUCGCAACCUCCGCGGGGCACAGCACGCGGCGCCCGCUGUGAGGACCUCAGGGCUUGGUGGGCCUGCCCGUGCGGCUGGCCGGGAGGGGGUGGUAAGGCGUCAGUGCGGCCUCACGCCAUGGUUUCUGCUGCCGCUACAUCAUACCCGCGGUGUUACACAAUAAUCAGAGCACCGCUGGCAAGGACCCAACCCGCCAAUGCCCACACCACGUCGUCAGUCCCAGCCCCAGCCUCCGCCCUCCACCGAGCCGCCACGCCUCCCCCAGCCAGCAGGGAGAGCCACAGAGGCUGAGCCGAGGCGUCAGGAUCACUAGUGUGCCGAGUGUCACGCAAACAGUUUUCAAGAUACUGUGUGAGAAGACAUUAGUAGCGCAUCUUUUGACCUUCUUUUUAGUUCCUAAGCAAGAUACAGUCACAGGUUUAAAUCUGAUCAGUGUUGAUGUUAACGUGUGUGGCAGUGGCUGAGGUCGGGGCCGCACUCGCUUUGAGCCACCGGGCAGCGGUGCCAUCCAGCUGGGAGCUAUGAGACCUGACAGUUCCCGCCGUAACUUUCCAAAGAGGUAGUUUGAGGGAGUGAGGCUCCAGGACAGCAUGGCCGACGAAAGCCCCCAGCGGCGGUGAGAGGCAGGGCCGCGAGUGUUGACAGGUGGCGCUGGGUGACGGAAGGUUGCCAAAUAUACCCGCCAGCCGCCACCGUGUUUGUGGGCGGCCCUCGUCUCCUGUGCCCGGGGAGUGCCGCCAGUCAGGCUCAGUUAGCUCCUGGUGACGCAUCCCGCCCUGCGUCUCGUCACCCGCGGCAGCCUGGCGUGGGUGUGCACGGUGUAGAGGGCGGCCACGGAGGUCCGCCGCAGCGCGACUGUGGCUCCCGCCCGGUCCACCGCCGCUGCUGCCUCCACCAGGGGGGGCCGGCGCCUGGCCUCGCAUGGCCGCGGUAAUGUUCCUACGCAAGGCAAUGCGUUACUACCGCCUCUGGAUUUACACGUGCAAUGCCGUCCUGCUCGUGUCAGUGUUCGUGUUUAUGGGCGUGGCCUUAGGUGUGACGACUCAUCCGUACCUGUCCCUCGUGCCCACCCCGCCAGCCUACCACCCGACCUUCCUCUACGGCUACGUGGCCCUCCUGCUGCAGGCCGGCGUACUGCAGGCGCUAGGAUGCGUAGGCGCCCUGAGGCUUUCCCAGCGCCUCCUCAACAUCUACUGGUUUUUGUUGCUGUUCCUGUUGCUGGGCGAUGUGGUGGUGGGCCUGGUGUGGCUGUACCGCUUCUCACACCUCUCAGACGGCCUGGUGCCUUACGCCCGCGCCACCCUGCAGGCCAAGUACGGGAGUGACCCGGACGUGACGGAGGCGUGGGACGCUCUGCAGCGGUCGGCAAAGUGCUGCGGCGUCACGGAGCCACAAGACUACAACGAGACGCAGUGGAGGACGCGUCAGAGCCAGUCCCUCAUUAAGCUUCCGGCGUCGUGCUGCGUCAUGGACGAAGGCAAGAGCGUCACCCCCAGUGAACGGUCAGUGAACAACUACCAGGCCGACCCGAGCCCCCGCCACGUGAAGCUCUCGCGGAAAAACCCUGCCGCGGACCCGCCCAAGAGUCCGCCGCGGCAGGAGAGCCGCGUGACGUAUCGCAACCUGACUUGCGGCGACAAGAGCCACUUGCACGCCGCGGCGGACCCAGACGAAAAGAUAGGUUGCGUUAGGCACCUGGAGCAGUGGCUGCUGACCUCCGCGGAGACGCUCAUGAUCCUCGGGUUCUGUGUCAUAGCGUUCAUAAAACUGUGUUUUGUUGGCAUAUUGCGUUUUGAAAUACAAGAGAUGAUUCAAAAGAUUAAAAUCUUACAAGGCGAGGCCCCGUGUGUACCCAACCCAGAGAUCGCCGCCGCGCUGGGGAUGGUGUCCCACGAGAAGGCGGCGGAGUGCGGCGGCCUGCUGAGCUCGGGGGGCGGUGAGGGGGACGGCGCGGGGGGGCCUGAUGGCGGGGGCGAGGGCCAGCAGGAGUCCGAGUCCGGCGCCGCCACGCCCCUCACGCAGCCCCGACUGAACCACCUGCCGAGCCACACGGACGGCGCGGAGUCCGACACCAACUCCCACUGUGCCCUCAUCACGGACACGCCCGUGCGCCGCCCGCAGCCGGACAAGCGUAAGCCUAAUGGCAAUAACAAUGACGUUACUGAACUGCGGGAGCUGCGCCACGUGCGGCAGACUCAGAUAUGAUAAUGACAAGCGGCCUCCCUGUGGACACGUCUGGUGGGAUGGUCGAGAAUGUGAGUGUGAGAGGCGGCGGCCUGAGCCCGGGUAGUGUAGUGCGCUGCUGGGACCAGCCGGGGCCGGGGUCAGGGGUCACGGGACACCCCACAUAGCCUUACGCCGUCCCCUGCCCUGCGCCCCAGCAAGCGCCGCCAGCCUCUGCCGAGGCCGCGCAGGCAGUGGGUCGCGGCUACCACGCGCGUCAUGAAAAAAAGAACGUCCUUCGAUCUCAAGGUCACGACGAUGACGUCAGAUCAGUAAAAAAGAAGCAGGAGCCAGGAUGAAGUGCACCUCCCCCUCCCCUCUCCGACGGUGGGGGGGCGGGGGUGGAAUGCCUCACGCCCCCCCUACCACAACCACCGUCACACUCGCUCCGCACCAGCUGUGAUGACGCCCCGCGGCCGCCACCUCCCCGACACAAGGUCGGACGUGACACCCCCGCCGAGGAAGAGGAAAAGAAAUCAACAAUCCCCGGGGAAGAAUGAAAGGAGAGGAGGAGAGGAGCCACACCAACUGGGGAAAACGAGAAGGGGAGAGCCACACCCAUGGGAGGAAGGGAAGGAGAGAACCACAUCCCGGGAGAGGAAGGAGAGAGUCACAUCCCCGCGGAGGAAGAAUGGAAGGAAGUCACGUCCGUCAGGAAGGAAGGAAGGGGACCGACGCGUUCAUAAGAGACAUAAGGCCAAAGGUUCAUAUUCUUUAAACGUAUGAAGCCCCCAUUACGACUGUUUCCAAGUCCACAGAGAAAAUUGAAUGGGUUUUCAUUGGUAAUUUUUCCGUUCAGGGCGUAGAGGUCGUGUAGAACUAUCCCUACGAUCACAAAACAGUCCAUGGAAAUCCCAGCAACUACUACUAUGAGAGGCUUUUCAAACAGGCGAACUGAGGCGCCGAUACGUGUAGGAAUACGGGCUAAAGCCACACCACGCCGGAGGGGAGGAGGGAGCAGCUUCACGAUAAUGGGCCGCAGAGGAUGAAAGCGUCACAUCCCAGCGGACCGGAUCUUGUUCCACCCAAAGAAAAGAGAGAUGAAGAAGGAUGGGAGCCGUGGGAGGGGAGGGAAGAGCGGAUUGAGGGGACAGAGGAAAUAGAGGGAUGUGAGGGCAGACAGCAGGCAGGCAAGCAGGCAGUUAAGCGGUUCGCGACAUCGACAAAGCACGAAGGCCCCAGCAACACCCGGCCUGCCCUGCGGUGCCCAGAGAACAGCAGCCCUGCGGCGCGCCACCCUGCCCGCCACCUUCGUCAGGACUGCGUCGGUGUGACCGCUCCGUAUCGCCGGCGUUGGUGCGGUCUCACGUGACAGCCCUGCGUCGUGCACCUUGGAUCACACUGACGUCACUCUGUGUUAUUAGCAAGUAUUGAUGACAAGUCCACACCUGUAAUUAAGCGCCUCAUACCGUAGCGAGCCUAGUGUAUACCUUUCCACUCCGUAGCCACACGCAGAUUCGUAGCGGGAGGGAGGGAGUAGCAGCAUCAACUCACGAACGCCACCUUCUCACUGGACAAUACUACCAGACAUCGACCCAAAGGGUAAUAUUAUGAUACGCUUUACAGUAGCUGUGACCUGUGCUCGGGUGACUCGGCCGACAAGAAACACACAGCAGACACGCCGCCCCGCCCACGCCGCCGCCGCCGCCCCGCACCCCGGCGCGCCCCGCCCUAGGAACCUUCACCUGCAGCACCGCCUCCGCCCUGCCACUGUACCCGCGCCCCCGGGGCGGCCGGGCGGGCGGCGGUGGCGGCCGCGGCGGGGUCGGCCCCAAACUCUUGACUCCACGCCUAAAUUCCCGCCCCGCCGGACCCCGACCACACGCCCCGACCACUGCAUGACGGGCCGUGAUGGCCAAACACUGCGGUGCUCAACGAAACGUGUGUCUGCCGUCGAGGGUCGUCGUGGUGGCCGCCGCCGCGCCAGGCUGCGUGCAUCUAUUCCGCCACUGUUAUAACGUUGUCUAUGAUAGUAACGAUAUCACUGUAAUUACUAGCAUGAUGUAUAUGAGGAAGACCUAAUGUUUGUACAAAUAGGAAUGUUCUUUUUUAUCAUAAUACUUUCUUAAGUACCUGUGUUCCUUUUUUAUUGUACAUAUAAUACCGAAGUGUUUCCAGUAACGUGAGAGCGGCCUCGGGGGCGGCGGGAAGGGGGCGCCGCCGCUGUGGGCUCCGGCAGCACGACAGCCGCAGCGGUGGUGCCCCCAGCCCCCGCCGCCCCCGGGUGGAGGCGAGGCCGGCAGCUACUUCCCAGCCCCCAAACCACCACCACCCCACCUCCUGACGCAGGGGUGGGCGUUGCCGGCACUCGGUAUCAGUGCACGGCCUCCCGCGGCCGCCAGACUAGCUCCUUAUUUUUCCAUGUGACCAUUGUGUAGGAUGGUGCGAGAUGAGCUUUUUUUCAUUCCUAUAUAUAUCUUUUUGAAUAUAUCUAGUUUACACGUACAUGCAUACACACGCAUACUCAUGGUCUCUGUACACACUCAUCUGUCCGUUCCCGCGUGGACACGUCACCCGCUACGCAUCGCCACCACAUAACUCUCGCAGCGGUACUGUUUGUUUCCUGAGGUAUCUGUCUUAUACUCAUUUAUACACUGAAUGAUGAUAACAGUAACGAUAAUGAUAGUGUUGAUUUCCUCUUCCUGAGUCCGCCAAACUGACCAUCUUCACCUUCCCCCGACCACACAUCUUCACACACUCACUUUCUGGUCCCCUUCUCUCUUCCAGAACCAUUAGAGAUAGCGAGCCUGCCCCGACACUUCCUCCAAUACGGACACUUGUAUCCCCCCACGUACACUUUCCCCCAGGUGUUUCCUCCCAGCUUUACCUGUUCUGUCACACCUGUCCCCAGCCACACCUGUCAGGCUAUCUAUGGGAUGAUGCGGGUACCUCCGAUUACAGGAGGAGAUUUACCAUUAGUGUAGCGCCAAGAGGCUAAUCUCGCGUGUACGCUUCGUGCCGCGUGAGUCCCUGGGGCCCGCGCGAGGCUGGCGGCCACUUCGGAACAAGUCACGACCCAGGAAAGUAAUGAUAAUGAUAAGGUGGAACAGCAAUUAAGGGACCAUUAAGAUUAAGUCUUGACACGUAUUCGAAGUUUGCAGCGAAAAAAAUUGGGUUUGCAUGCUACACCACUUAGAGACAAAAUUAUAAAAAUACAAUACUAGCUUUAAAACAGGAAAUACUCCAUGUUAACUUUCAGCAUGCCAGUCUCCAUAAUGCUUAUAAAUUCCAAGUCUGUGUGGACUGAGCGCCACGCACGCCCCGCUGCCUCCCGCGGCCCCGGCCAGCCUCCGCGAUGCCUCCCGGAGCCUUGCGGCGUCGUCCCCGGAGACUCACGCGCAGUGUAACAGUGCCUGGUUACCCUCGUGGCCGUCUAAGUUACCACGUGUUAAUGUUACAGUCCUCUCCUCGUCUCUGUUGUGGGCGGCGCCCCCGCCAGCGUGACCUGUGUACAGUCCAGCCCUUGAUUGUUUCCAGCCCUGCAGGGCGCGCCCGGCGGCCCGGCCUACACGCCCUGUGUUGUGCGCCGCAGCACGUGACUCACUCGAUUAUCCACCGACAGCCUCAAACGGAACACACUUCAUCCACCCUGACACGGCACGACAAACAGCGAGGCGACGCAAGGAUGACGCCAGCAAUGAACGCCCAAUCAGUAGCUCUGACUUACGUUCAGCAGUAUUACGUACACAGUAUUAGCUACAGGUUUAUUUUACGUCGGAAAACAAAAACAAUAGAACACAACCCAUCACACCCAUCAACGAGGAGCUCCGAAAAUAAACAGAAUUUAAAACAUUCAAGUACGAUGCAAAACGAGUCAUUGGACUGUUUCUAAGCGGCAGCAGCGGACGUCACCACACACUGCUCUGCUGCUGUAACGAACUAUACACGACGCGCCCAAGUGCGUUCCGUGACUAUGUUUCCCAAAAUGUGUUAUUAGAGGUCAGAAAUUUAGAGGAAUUUAGGUGUUAACCAUUAGCUUAAAAAUUUGUCUUGCCGUCCAUCUUCCCGACCAGUUUCCGGAUCUUGCCCCGACACCCUUCCCCCGACACGAGCUGCUCGGCCCCGCGGCGAGGCGGCCCCGUUCGUUGUAGUGUUAAUUAAGAGAGUGCUGCGGAGCGAAUGGGACCCGCGGCCACGCCAGCCAUCUUGUAAAUAAUGCCGAAAAUAAUACACGCAUAAUAUUUCAAAGAGAGUAUAAGACUUUUCAUCGGGACGUGACGUUGUGAUGAACUUAAACUGGAAAUGUCGCUUUUGAGAUUAAGAAAAUGAAAACAUGAGCAAGCAACCUAAUCUUAACACUUCCAGCCACGCAGAAGUAAACUGAAGUGCGUUACAAUGACAGUAUUCACACCAUAGUUUAUUUACAGCGUACUCAACUCACACUGAAAAUAUCGCUCUUGAGACUGAGAAUGAAAAAUGAA